UAGCCUAUGGAUUAAUCAUGCCUUUUGGCUCACUGAUUCAGUUCCUAACAAGAGCAUCUUAUGGUACAAGCACAAGAUAUGGGCUAAUGAUAUGAGGGAAAUUUUGCCCAGACAGCUGCACAGGGCCUUCUCUUUGUUUGAAUCCCAACUGUCAAGGGUUCUUUUACGUGCAUGCCAAUGUGUAGGCCCAUACACAGGACCCUGUUUUUUGUGCCAUGCUAACGACUAGACACUGUUCUUUGUCAGGACCUCCGUCCUGCACGUCUGACAAAAGGAAACCAUGCCAGAAAAUCGUGAUGAAUUUUCUCGGCCAAAACCAGGAACAAACCUGUGACCUCCUUAAUCACUUAGCCACCGGAGGUCCCGCAAUCACAAGAGCUAUAAACUGGUUUGGGUUAGAAGCCUCUGAAAUAAUUCAUACAUUUUUAUUACAGGUUUGAUCAGUGAUUGAGUAACCAAUACAGAUCAGAUUGAAUAACCAAUACAGAUGAGAUUGAGUAACCAAUACAGAUCAGAUUGAGUAACCAAUACAGAUCAUUGAUUGAGUACGGUAACCAAUACAGAUCAGAUUGAAUAACCAAUACAGAUCACAUUGAGUAAACAAUACAGAUUGAGUACACAUUGUUUUCUGGUAAAUGAAAUAUUUAUGGCCACCAUUAACAGGUCUAUCAGCAGUAGCGUCAUAUUUGAUUUAUAACAAGUUUUUCGAUAUGGCUACCGCAGGAGAAAAAUCGGUGUCCGGGUCAAGUUCCACAGGGCCACAGACAGAUGAAUUAACAAGACCUCUCUUCAAAGAUGGUUGUUUUUACAAUCCUUGGAAAACAUGGAGAGAUCCCAAAUUAACUAAUCUCUUUAAAUUUAUUGUAACAGAAAAAGAUAAUAGCAAUAUUCCUGGAGAAAAAGAAUUGGAUAUACAUUUACCAAUAAUACAACCCGAUCUAACAGAGUUUGAUAGGCCUGUACUGACUGGUGUUAAGACAAUGUGGAUAGGACACGCUUCAGUUCUCGUAAAAUUUGACGAUAUCACAGUUUUAACAGAUCCCGUCUUUAGUGAGAGGUGUUCUAUUGUAUCGUUUGCCGGGCCAAAGCGAUAUCGUCGGGUGCCAUGUCAGAUAAAAGAUUUACCAAAAAUAGACGCUGUGGUCAUCAGUCAUAAUCAUUACGAUCAUCUCGAUCUGUCGUCUGUCAAAGAACUCAAUCAAAAAUUCGGUAAAGAUCUGCGAUGGUAUGUACCACAAGGUAUGAAGAAAUGGAUGAGCGAUUCCGGUUGUGAAAAUGUUGAAGAAAUGACCUGGUGGGAGGAACAGCAGUUUCCUGGCAAACCAGACGUUAAGUUUGUUAGUACACCAGCUCAACAUUGGAGUAAACGUGGUGUCACAGACACGAACAAGGCGCUAUGGGGUGGUUGGGCUGUGAUUGGUCCUAAACAUAGUUUUUAUUUUGCGGGAGAUACAGGAUAUUGUGAAGGUUUUAAAGAAAUUGGUGAAAAAUACGGACCUUUUACUCUGGCUGCUAUUCCUAUUGGGGCUUAUGAACCAAGAUGGUUUAUGUGUCCUCAACAUGUAGAUCCUGUAGAAGCUGUAGAUAUACAUCUAGAUAUAAAAGCUGAACAUUCACUUGGUAUACACUGGGGAACAUUUAAAUUAACAUACGAGCCUUAUAUGGAGCCAAAAGAGAAACUGGAAGAAGAAUUAAAGAAAAGAAGUAUAAGUUUAGAUGAAUUUAUAACAUUAAAACAUGGAGAGAUCAAAACUGUAGGUUACGACGAAUACAGCCAGAUGGACUAAUUAAUACAACAUUCAGGGCCGGUCGAUUGGGAACAUCUUUGGCUAGUCCCUGCACGCUUUAUUCGUGAAACUUUUUUUAAUAUUUUAAAGAUUGGGCCUUUUCCAUUGGUUGAGAGUUUAAAUCCUAGAAAAAAUUUCAGCUCUUAACUAAUGAAAAGGCUGCUUUCUAAAGGUAUUUUAGUUUAUGUUUUUGUGAAUAAUUGUGAAUAGUCAAGUGAAGGCCAAUCUUAUUAAGACACAGAUCCUAUUUUGUUUCGUUUUUUAAAGUUCAAAAUUUCGUUUUACUUGUCUUCACAACACUAGGAUCUGGAAGAGUAGUUAUAGUGUUAAUGUGAGGGAUUAGCCAAUGAAACGGUCUAUUACGGCGAGUUCUUGGCGUGUGAUGAACGUAACUGUGGGUAAACCGCUAGAAACGUCAACGCUGCUUAAUUAAUCAAUGUCUGACUGACAUCAUAGGGUCAAAAGCCACUACAACCGGUCAGAUCUUCAUGUUGUGUAGGCCAUCGUAAGUAUAAAAAAAUGAAACGAAAUAUAGAUCUGUAUUUUAAUCAGACUGAGUGAAGGCUUGACAAGACUGUUGUAGAUCACUUUAGUCUGAUGCCCUUAUUGGAGGCAAUAGGUCCAAUAGACUUAAAGCUGGCCCACUUUAUAUUAUUAGGUGGUGAAAAACUGUUUGUUAUUGAUGAUUAGUACAAAAUUCGGUCAAGUCUAUUAUGAUAAAAUAUACCAGUAAUAUUUAUAACUCACAUAGAGUCCCAUAUUUAUUCUUGGAUUUGUAUAUUUAUUAUUACAAAUCAUUGAUAUACUGCUUUAGUUACAUAUAAGCAGUGGCAGACUGGCCAGGUUGUCAGCUUGCCCAAUGGCAAGUAGGCCCCUGAGGAAAUGGGCCACCUUAGCCAUUAGACAAAAUCAGGAAAAUUAUAAUUACAUCUUUUUGUUUCCACUUACAUAUGUUUUGAAAAUUUAAUUUAUUCAUUUUAAAAAUUAAAUGAUAGAAUUGUAUUGGUGGGUGGGCCCCCUUUGUCUCCUGGCAACCAAUUUUUUCAGACCCAGCCCGCCACUGUAUAUAAGAUUUCAUUCCUAAAUAAUUGUGAACGUACUUUAUAUAUGUGCAAUAUAAACAACUCAUGUAUUCGUAUAUUUAUUAUUAUUAUUAUUAUUAAAAAUAAUUUAUAUGUAAUAGUGCUUAGUUAUAUGAAAGAUUCCAAAUAGUUGUCAAACCUUACACCAUAUUCGCACAAUGUAUAACUCGGCAGGGCACCACAGUAAUCUAGACGACUCAUGUGGGUAUUAUCUUUGCAACGAAUGUUGUGCAUUUCAUGUUUAAUUUUUAUUUGUAUAUUUAGGCCUUCAAUGUAAAGCAUGUUUAUUUGUAUAUUUAGGCCUUUAAUGUAAGUUUGUUUAUUUGUAUAUUUAGGCCUUUCUUUAAUGUAAAGCUUGUUUAUUUGUAUAUUUAGGCCUUUAAUGUAAGGCUUGUUUAUAUGUAUAUUUAGGCCUUUAAUAUAAGGCUUGUUUAUUUGUAUAUUUAGGCCUUUAAUGUAAGGCUUGUUUAUCUGUAUAGUUAGGCAUACGUGACAAGGAGUAGGGUCGCCUGUCCAACCUCGUGGGUUUUCUCCGGGUACUCCGGUUUCCUCUCACUGCUAAAGACCCCUACGCGCAAGCGAAUUAUUGAAUUAAAAUUGAACCAUGUGUUAGUCACGAAAUGACCUAGUUUGUGUCCAGUGGACUUAAACCCCAUUUCUCUCUCGCUCAAAUCAAAGUUAUCGAGCUUUAGAGUUUUAACCCUUAUUCAAAGAACUCUAAAAGAUACUGUAAGGUAAAAAAAAUGUCUAUGACACUAAAUCUCUCGGUUUUUGGGAGAUUAAAGAGACAUAUUUACCAAAUUUAUUUUUUUGGGAGGGGGGCUUAAAGAUGGGCUUAAUUUUGAGUAUGCAUUUUACACGCAUUUAAUAUCUGUAGCUUUAUAAUGUUACCAAUAUUUGUUGUUGUUUUUAUGUUAUUCUAUAGUUUAUUUACAUAUCCUGACUGAACAUUAUAUAAAGAUAUGCA